CGUUUUUACAGGGGCCAUUAAAAUGAAACGGUAAAAUAAAAAAACAUUAUCUAGCUAUUUUAACUCGUCAAAUGAAUGAAACGGUUUUGGAGCAGGGCUGACUCUGACUGACAUUCACGUUCCCAUAUCAACCACCCUGCUCUCCCCACCCCCGUGCGCGUGUAGCACCUGCCCAAAGAAUCAGCAUCAGAUACGGCAUUUAUUAUUUAAAGUGCUCAAGAUGAUCCUGCGCUAUAGGCUUGAGAAACUAGACAGAGCCUUCAUUGUACCUUACCAAUAGGCUGUUAUGUCAUUCAUUUAUGAAGACAGCGGAACACAAGCAAGAGGAGUGCAGAAACUCUUGACCCCUAGAAACCCAUGGAACAGGCAUAAAAAAAAUGAAUAGAGAUGCGCGGAACACGCGCACGAGCGCACGGAGCAGGUUUGAUGAAGCGUCAGCGAGAGACGCAGAGGAUAUGGACGGAGAAGAUGACGAUCACAGCAGACCUUCAUCAGUGCUGUGGGAAAGACAUAUUGAGCAAAGUAUAUUUGUGGAUAUUAGUGAUGAUGACAGCCUGCAUUUCAGUGACAUGCAGGGCGCCUUCACUGUCCACCUUUCACAGGACACUGGUGCACCUCAGAGCCCGCAACUUACUGAUAAUGCAGAGCUGUCAGAGUCAUUUGAGACUGAAGAGGGCUCAUCUGAAAGUGUUGAAUCAGUCAGUAGCGAAUGCACAGAACAUUCAAACACCAGAAGCAGGAAAGGAAACAUAAUCAUGGCGCCAAUGCAGAAACUCACCACUGCAUUAAAGCCAAACAUUGGAGUACAUGAGGAUGAUGCUGUCAACACCAGUGAUGAAGAACAUGAAGAGCUCCCGUAUGAUGGUGAACACACCAACAACAAAACAGAGAUGAAUUUAAAAUCAUCUCCGUGUGACAUGGUUACUGUGAUGCCCAGUCAGGCCUUCACUGCGCUUGAUAAGUUUAGUAGGCAAAUUAGUAAUGCAAAAGAAACAGGGGUUUGCCAGUCUAAUCUUACUCAUGCUCUUCUAUCUAAUCAUAAAGCAAUAGAGGAUGUGGCUCCUCUCUUAGCCACACCUAUUCAACCUGCAGACCACAUCACUGACUUCCUGCUCAGACACUUCUCCCAGGAGGAGCUGCUUAACUCAAGCAGGAUCAUUGAAGCAGAGACCCUACCCGAGAUGUCUUUAAUGGACAGCAUUGAUGAAACCGUGCUGAGUAGAGCUUCUUGGGCUCCACAGAUCACCAUAGGAGAGAGAGAGAAGAUGGAUGUGAUGGAGGAACCUGAUCCCAGCACUUCUGGAAGUCAUGGAUUGGUUGAAAUAAACAUUCCAAGUGAGUCAAGCUCAUCUAACAAACCUGGAAUGACUAGCUUCAUUGAUGCAGCAUCUGCUGGGGAUGAUGAUAAAGAGCUUCCUAAAUGCAGUUCUAACUCUCUAGAUAUAUCUAAAGCAGAUGCACAGAAGACUAAGUGCUCCUUCAGCAGGACCAGGUCCUACAGUGAGCUGAAAUAUGGGCAGGGAAAGGUGCAUUACCCCCUACCUGACUUCUCUAAAGUGGCACCUAAAGUCAAAAUACCUAAAGGUAAUGGAAGCGUUAAACCCAUCAGCCAGUCACCAGCUAUGGCCCGAGCCCAGUCGUCCCCAGGCAUUCUGGGUAAAUCCACCUCCUCUUGUAAAGCUACAGCAGAUAUCAUCAGCAGGGUUUUAGAGGACUCCAUGCCACCAGCGAAGCAUAAUGUGUUUACAGAAAAGGAAGUAGCGCAUCAGUUACAGGCUGAAUAUGACAGAUUGCUCGCUAAAUACACAGAAGCCGAAAACCUAAUUGGUCAGGUGAGACUCAAGAGGUUUUUUAUAGUUGGAUCUUCCAAUAAUGUUUAAAACACUUCUUUAAUGUAUAGAUGUUUAUAAUAAUACCUGUCCUCACAUACAGAUAUGAUUCGCAUUUCAGCAUAUCCUCAUUUUGAUUUGUAGUCCAAUUUGAGUGGGUUAUAUUGUUGCUUUCUUUUAAGCAGCAGAUUCAUGCUUCCAGUGAGCCAUCUGUGUCCAUCGACUGGAACGAUGCAACAAGCAACAAUGAAAACACCAAAAUGACAGCAAAUAACCCACAAGCACCAGCCGCAGGCAAGAAGCCAUUGUAUUUCUUUCUCCAGCUUAAUACUGUAGUACAGUGUAACCCUGGCAGCAGAGAAACCCUGCCAAGGAAAUUUGAGCUGAUUUCUUCAGUAUUAAACA